AUGCGAAGUGUAGCGCUUUCUGCCCUGCUCGCCGUCGCGGUCUCGUCCGUGUCGGCAGCGGAUGAUGUAUCCAAGCCCAGUUUCCAGCCUACGACUCUCAAGGCCCCCUUCCUCGAGCAGUUUACUGACGACUGGUCGGAGCGGUGGACGCCCUCCGAGGCGACCAAGAAGACUCCCGUUGGUACCGAGACGUUCAGCUACGUUGGCAAGUGGGAGGUCGAGGAACCCACUGAGCCUGUCAUCCUGGGCGACAAGGGCCUCGUCGCCAAGACCAAGGCUGCCCACCAUGCCAUUUCCGCUCCUUUCCCCAAGCCCAUCGAGUUCGCCGACAAGCCCCUGGUUGUCCAGUAUGAGGUCAAGUACCAGAAGGGCGGCAACUGCGGUGGUGGAUACCUCAAGCUCCUCGAGAACGGCUUCCAAACUGCGGGUAAGGAGUUCGACGACAAGACUCCUUGGACCAUCAUGUUUGGCCCGGACUUGACUUGCCCCGGCACCAAAAUUCACUUCAUCUUCCGCCACAAGAACCCCAUCACUGGCGAAUUUGAGGAGAAGCACCUCAAGACGCCUCCCAAACCUACCUUUGGCAAGUCCACGAACCUCUACACACUCCAUGUGUUCCCGAACAACACAUACGAUGUGUUGUUCAACGGCGAGAGCCAAAACCUUGGCAGCCUCCUCGAGGACUUCAACCCUCCCGUCAACCCCGAAAAGGAGAUUGACGAUCCCGAUGACAAGAAGCCUGAGGACUGGGUUGACACUAAGAGAAUCCCUGAUCCUGAUGCGAAGAAGCCUGAGGACUGGGACGAGGACGCUCCUUACGAGAUCCCUGACGAGGACGCUGUGAAGCCUGAGGGCUGGUUGGACGACGAACCUGAAUUCGUUCCCGACCCUGAUGCUGAGAAGCCUGAAGAGUGGGAUGAUGAGGAGGACGGUGACUGGAUUGCGCCCACCGUCCGGAACCCCAAGUGCGACGAGGCUCCUGGCUGCGGCGAGUGGAAGCGCCCAUUCAAGGCCAACCCCGCCUACAAGGGCAAGUGGUACGCUCCGAUGAUCGACAACCCCGAGUACAAGGGCGAGUGGGCUCCUCGCAAGAUCGCCAACCCCGACUACUUCGAGGACCUCACCCCGGUCAAGUCCCUCAUCCCCAUUGGCGGUGUUGGCAUUGAGCUCUGGUCUAUGACCGAGGACAUCCUUUUCGACAACAUCUACGUCGGUCACUCCAUCGAGGAUGCUCAUAAAUUCGCCGAGGAGACCUACUUUGUUAAGAAGUCCGUCGAGGAAGCUGUCGAGAAGGCCUCGAGCAAGCUCGACGAGGAGGACGAGGAAACCCCUGUCGACUUCGCUGCUGACCCCGUCGAGUUCAUCCGCAGCAAGGUCUUCAAGUUCAUCGACCUCGCGAAGAUCGACCCCAUCCUUGCGUUCAAGACCCACCCCGAGACUGGUGCAGGUCUUGCGCUUUCGGUUGUCACUCUCUUUGGUAUGCUCGGCGUCCUCUUCGGCUUCGUUGGCGCGCAGCAGAAGCCCAUCACCAAGAAGACGGACGUACCCACGCCCGACGACAAGAAGACGGAGACGGCACCUGUUGCGCCCGCUGGUGGCGAGAAGCAGGAGACGACUGUCAAGAAGCGGAAGUAA